CUAAUGAUGCCUUUCAAAUUCAAAUGAUAAAAAGGUGAUAGUUUAUGGAUAACAUUUUUAAUUUCAUUGGCUCAAAUAUUUUUCGAUGACCAAUCAGAAGAAAGCUGCUUAGGAAAAACAAGCGUCCAUUUUCUACAGAAAUCACACUCUGGCUUGACAUUUUGACAUUAUCAAAGAAAUUGUAUGAAUUACUCAUAUUUUUUACUGAAUUAUAUUGUGAAGUGGUUAAUAUUUGACUGUUCAUAGUUAAGGUAAUCCGAAAAACUGCAACAAAAUGAAAAAUACGUGACAUCAAAUUUAUAAAUCACAUGAUAAGUUCUUGCGAUCCUAAUAUGACAAGGUCUGUUACAAAAUAUUGGUAACACGAGCCAGUCUGGCUUUGUUUUUGUCUAAUUAAAUCACUUCUUCGAUGGUGUUUAGUGUUUUUAUGAGAUUGAUUAUCAAGUUCAAGUGGAGAUGGUUCGAGCCAAUAGCUUGAUGGCAGCCCAGGAGGGUGUGAAGACCCCCCACCGCAUUGAACUAUGCGAAGAGAAGCCUGUCAGACCUACGCGCAACUAUAGAAAGCGCAGGAUAAUUUCUUCAGUACAGCCAAAGACUGAGAAUGCAGUAAAUUCAGAACCUCCAUUGAAGAAGGUUGAAUUAAGGUCUAAGCCAUUGAAGACUAGCAACGGUAUUACAAACAUGACGAAUGGACAUACGCUGAGGUCGAGAGCGGCGCGUGCAGCCGCCCGAGCCGCGGAGAGUCACAAACUUACUGAGUACUUCAAGGAAGAGCUGAAAAGUCCCAAAGUAGAACCUCCUCCGUCGCCGCCACCGAUUGAGAAGACCAUAACCAAAUUGGAAAAAGUUGUGAAUGGUGACUCUAACCACAAGUUAACAGAAUACUUCCCAGUUAGACGUAGUGUAAGGAAGACAUCGAAAUGUGUCAUGGCAGAGAAGAUGCGGGACUUGGAGCGCGCUGUGAGAGAACAGAGAGAAGAUGGACUGCAAGUGGCAUAUUUUGAUGGCAAAGGGCGCGGUGUAAUAGCGACCCGUCCGUUCGGUCGCGGACAAUUCGUGGUGGAGUACGCUGGCGAACUGGUGGGUGUGGCAGAAGCGAGGGAGAGGGAACACAAGUACGCACAGGACCCAGAGGCCGGCUGCUACAUGUACUACUUCAGACACGGAGACCAACAGUAUUGUAUCGACGCGACAGCUGAAUCAGGUCGGCUAGGUCGGCUCGUGAAUCACUCGCGCAAUGGCAACCUCUCGACAAAGGCAGUGUGGGUGGACGGGCCGCGGCUGGUGUUGCUGGCGGCGCAGGACAUCUCGCCCGGCGAGGAGCUCACCUACGACUACGGAGACCGCUCUAAAGAGUCACUACAACACCAUCCCUGGCUCGCACUCUGACCUGGGUAUGGUCGACAAAAAUCUCAUUGGACUACUAAGAAUUAUUUAUUAAUUUAGCCUUAGUUACUAUGAAGUUUGUUUGUUAUAAAGUUUUAUGUUGAUUGGACAUUGAUGUGUUUAGUAGUGAGACAAGUGGCCUAACACUGGACGCUAUGACGGAGUGGUCGGAUCACGAUAUAUAAACUGCCUUAAACCACUCGUGGUUAUGUGACUAAGAUAUGGAAAUAAAUAAAGACAACUAUGUAAAGAGGUUGCCUCAAAGCAGUUGCAGUUGUCUAUGUUUAAUGCUGUUGGCAUUUGGCAUGUUAUAAGAAAUAUGUCUAGGAGACUGACUGAAAUUAAAAGCACAUGCGCUAUAUGCAUAUUAGCUUGACAUUGAUAAAGACGAGAAAGAUAACAACAUAACAACUGUUUUGAAAAUCUCUGAGAAUAAAGAGCUGUCAGAAUUUGUGUAAUGGAUAAGAUGUUGAGUUUAUUCUGUGUUGUCUUUUUGUAGUAUUAAAGUGUGCAACAGUAUUUCAUGUUUGUUUUGUGACAGGAGUAAUCUCAGGCUCAUAGACAACUAAUGUGUACUGCUUAGUUUUAAUUUUCGGGAUAAUAGUGUGGUCAGAUUUGAGUUCUUUGAACAGCAACCCCUGUAUAGAAAAGUAUAACGAAUCACGAAUGGUAUUUAGGGGUUGAGAAAAAAA